UGCACCCGGUUGUUGCAGUGUCCCUCGGUACCAGGUUGGCUUUAUAUAGUUUCGAUAGUUUGCAUCAUUAACAUCAAGCUGUGUCAGCCAAAUCGUCAUUCCAUGGGAAGCACUGCAUCCUGAUAUAAACCUGUCGAUGUCUUUACCUAGUUCAGUUUUGAUCCAUCCGAUAGUUGUUGACAUAUUUGAUGACACAAAACCAAAAGCAUUGACCUCAUGAAUGUCUGUCAACUAACCAACACUGCCAUCCCUUGAAGCAUGCUGCUAGUUUGACUAAAAAGCCUUCAUCCCAUAUAAUUCCACAUCAACCUCCUCAUCUUUUGCCAGAACUGCUGUAGGCAAUGGUGUCCUCUCUGCAGCUGUCUGGAUUAUAUUUGCCUCGAUCCUCUAGAGAGAAGUAAAGUGUCAUAACUGGCAGAGUUUUAAGCAGCAGGAUGUGCCCUCAGCAGAUUCACUGCUGAAGGUGAUGUAUUGUUUUAAUAGAUAAUUCUGUCAUGACCCGCUCUAACUUUUUCCUGCAUUCCUGCACUCUCAUUCACCUCAACACUGACAUAGGCAUGUGUGCACAACAAGCGCAUGCACACACUACUGUCCAGACAGUCUGACCGACCUCUUUUCCUCUGUUACCAGCUCUGACCUGUGAUUUUACAUGUCCUCCAGGAGCGCUAGAUCAAUAGCCAUGUAUCAUUAACCCAUAUCCAGUGUGUGCAGAGCUGAAGGCACACAGCCAAGCAGUAUUCAACACACACACGCACGCACAUGCACAUAUGUAGCUUUCAUUUUCUGCCGUAGAGUGCAGCGUCCAUCCUUCCUUCCUGUAACGUAUGGGUCAGGUUCACGUCCUCUACUUCCAUUCACGAAGAGAAGGAGAGGAAAAAGGGAAGGGAGGGAAAGAGGGGGAGAGAAGAGAGAGGAAUGGAUGGAAGGAGGGAGGGAGAUAAGGGGAGAGAUGGACAGAGGGAGAGAGAAGGGGAGGGAUGGAGAGGGAAAACAACCUUUGAAUACAAAUGAGCUGACACACAUAAUGCAUGCCCUCCCUCCCUCCCUCCCUCUCUCUCUAUCUCUCUCUCUCUCUCUUUCUCUCUCUCGAUCACCGUCUCCCUCACACACACUCUUACUCCCUCACACACACAUGUUCUUGCCCUCUCUCCAUCUCCCUCCGUGUCUCCUCAUUGGACCCUACACUGCACAGGAGGUAAUUUCAGCCACUUAAUUUAUUAGUCAUCACUGGUUGUUGGAACAAGCUAAUUAAAAGGAGGGUGAGUGUGUGUGUGUGAGUGUGUGCAUGUGUGGAAGAUUUGGAGACACAGACGCUGCUGCCGCCACCGCCGUCUCUCACGCUUUACCGUGGAGAGGGAGAGAGUACAGGGAAUAGAAGAAGAGGAGAGACAAACAGCUGGGUGGCAGGAGAUAUUCACACCACUUUACCAACAUCUGAUCUGACAUGGCCACCGCAUAGGAAUCUGGUGCCACGGCAACCGUCAGCUUUGGCGACGAGGUAUCCGAGGUAAAUAGACAGAGAGCCAGACAGAGGGACGUCCACAGAAACAGAGAGAGGGAUGGCAUCGGAGGAGAAGCCAGGUGUAAAGAGCAGCAGCUCCAUCGUCCCCUGUUUCCUGUUUGUCGAGCUGGUGAUCAUGGCUGGGACGGUGCUGCUGGCUUACUACUUCGAGUACACGGACACCUUCCCCGUGCACAUCCAGGGCUUCUUCUGCUACGACAAGACCUUCUCCAAGCCCUACCCCGGCCCGGACGACACCAGCAAGAUCCCCCCUGUGCUCAUCUACUCGCUCGUCACAGCCAUCCCAACCAUCACGAUUCUCAUCGGAGAGCUGUGUGCCUUCUUCACCAAGGCAGAGGGAACCCAGGAGAAGACCAUUGUUACUGCAGACUGCUGCUACUUCAACCCCCUACUGAGACGCAUAAUACGCUUCCUAGGUGUCUAUGCCUUCGGCCUGUUCACCACCACCAUCUUCGCCAACGCCGGACAGGUUGUGACAGGAAACCAGACGCCUCACUUCCUGUCUGCCUGCCGGCCAAACUACACAGCAUUGGGCUGCCAGUCCACCAUGCAGUACAUCGCUGAGCGCCGGGCCUGCACAGGCAACCCGCUGGUUGUCAUGUCUGCACGUAAAUCCUUCCCAUCAAAGGAUGCGGCGCUCAGUGUCUACUCCGCGGUGUACACAGUGAUGUACGUCACACUGGUGUUCAAGACCAAAGGCACGCGGCUGACCAAGCCCACCAUCAGCCUCACCCUGCUCUGUCUGGCCAUGCUAGUAGGUGUAGUCAGGGUGGCUGAGUACCGCAACCACUGGGCUGACGUCCUGGCCGGGUUCUUCACCGGUGGAUCCAUCGCUGUAUUUCUGGUGACCUGUGUGAUUAACAACUUCCAGCAGAUGCAGCCCAGUCCUUCCCCGCCGCGACCCCAUCGCCCCGAGUCCAUGUUGGGCAUGCCGAUGGUGACGCUGCCCUGUGUGGAGAGUCCACUCGAAAAGUUAAGUGGCCCUCAGAGAACAAAUCCCCGAACCUGCAUGCUCCGAGCCCCACCUGCACCCCCAGUCCCAACAAAGAACACCAAACAUCCUGCACUCUCCUCCUCCUCCCCGCCUUACAACACCUACGUCCAACCAUUCUAACCAACUUUAAAAUCUUUUUUGGCUGUCAUUGUCACUCCUCCGUCAUCCGUUGCCUUAUUUCUGUUCUGGCUCUAUGCAUCUGUUUUUUCUCCUCUCCUCCCGCCCCUCAUCCCUUGCAUUGCUCUUGAUUAUUCUUUUCUUCACUUUUCUCUCUCCUUCGCCUUCUCUCUGCCCCGUCCUCUCUCUUUCUCACUCCUCUCUUUCCCCUGCAGACUCCGCGGGGAUCUCCGUUCACCGAGAUCACAUGACCAUCAGCCCUAUCGGUUCCCCGCCACCCCCGAUGUCCUCAUACCGUCUCGCUCCAUUUCCAGCGAAGUCUAGACCAGUCGGAGCAGCACUCGCCGCACUGCGCCGCCCAUCCGGCUGGGCGGUACGCAACGCUGCACCGCUCCUAUUCCACGCAGGUCUAGACCUCCCCUAAUACACACAAACACACACACACACACUCCCAACUGUUGCCCUCUCAACCCCCGGGGAACCGAUAGGCAAACUCUUCAAAGACUUUCUCUUUGCUGGACACCCAGUGAAGUAAAAAGCUGAACAUUCAGUACAAAGUCAGGUACAUCUCUUUAGUUUUUUUAAUUUUGAAUAUCACAAUUAAAGACUUUCAUUAUUAUUUUUUGUAUGAACUCAAUCAUGUGAAGCUCACUUUUAUCUUCAGUGGUGUGCCCAAUGAGGAAAAACACAUCAAACUGUGACCACUGAGAAGUUUUUAUUUUUAUUUUUUUUACAAUGGUAUGAAUGAGUUUGACCCGUUUGAAGGAAGCACAAGCUGAAAGCUGAACGUGAACUCGCUGUGUGACUCCCAGGACGCGGCUUUUGAUGUGAGGAGGUUGCCAUGUUGGACCAAAGAAUUCCUGCUGAAGGAUGCGUCCGCUGCUGAGAUUUACACCGUUAUAAAAAAAACAACAACACCCUUUUAGGAAGCCAUACGCGCACACACUUUUGCUCCAUUUGUCUCCUUUUCUCACCCCUAUCCUUAUCUCAUCCCAUUCACACACACACAUACACACACACACACAUCCUAACCUCACUCACACUGUAGUCUGAGGAGCAGUGCCCCAGUCAGCUCUGCACGAGGUUUACUCGGAUCAAAGUAUCUAUUUCAUAUCUCACAGCAGAAGUGUCAGACAAAAGCAAACAGGAUGAAAGUACCGACAUCUUCACUUGGCUUUCUUCUUCAUGUUUUUUCUCUCAGACGGUUGCAGCUUUGCCCAAAAAAAAGAGAAAACGAUGUGAAAUACAAACACAUUUGAUAAGACAAAGCCAAGCUCCCGAUUGCAGGUGGCACAACAGUGAGCCAAGUAAAGCGCAUCGUGUUCAGAAGCAAAUAUUUGUUUUUUGUAUUUUUUUUUUUUUCAGAGGAGAAGCCUUCAUACAAAACACUUCCCGUGAUGCCAACUGACUUUUUUUUGUUGUUGUUUUUAUUUCACUCAUGAACGGUGUCGACCACCUUGAACUGUAAUUUCUGUCUCGGCGAGGUUCGAAAAAAGAUUCGCUCCGGACUGCCCGAGUCAUGUAUUUAUUGCGCUUGAUUUUAUUACCAGAUUUAUUUAUGGACAUGUAUAUACAGUGUGGUUGCCAUAAGCGCUCCACGUGGCGUGACAGUUUUGCUGAUUUUUGAUUUGCACACUGCCUCUCAGAAUCCAUGUUUUUUAUUCUCCCUCCUCCUCCACAUACGGCACAUCUUUUUACUAACCUCUGUUCAGCUCUCCUCUCUGUGGUAUGUUGGCUAUAACACAGUCACUGUGCUGUGAAAUGUUUCCCUCUGCUGGACAACACACAUGAACACACACACACACACACACACAAGAAUAAAGACCUGUUUUACAGAGCACAUCUAUAUUUAAACAAAUACAAAAGCACACACACGCACAUUCACACUCGUAUCCCCUACCCUGGCUGUUACCGUACGUCCCUUCCCCUUACUCCACUUUCUAUCACUGAAAACCAUUUGUAUGAUAUUGUACAUAACUCUUUUUGUAUCGAGAGUGUGAUUUUUACACAGGCAUCACCAACACUCAGUGUAGAGACUGGGGAAAAUGUUGUAUUUAUUUUGAUGAUGAAGAACAGUGCGUAUGAAGAUGCUGAACCACUCUGAACCAGCACUGGAGUGGCUGGAACACACCCCCCCCCGAUGGCUCACCAUUUGAGUCAAACUACAAGCCCACUGGACCAAGGUUCGACUGAGAGAGUUGUUGUUCACUCAUAGUUUACAACAUACCGUGUGUUCAUUAUACUAAAACCCUUAUUCAUUUUAGUUAUCAUAUGA